UCAUCUUUGUAGCCUGAUGCCAUCAAGGCGUUAGUCGCGCGUGAUUCUUGCUGAGAUUGAGAUUUUCCGUUUCUGACUAGCCAUAAUUGAUUCAUAAAUCGCGGGGUGCAGUACUAAUGUUUUGGUGGCUCGUGUUGACGGCGACGGUGCUGGGGAUUUCGCUGCGAAUAUCCCCGUACCGGACCAAAUUCAUCGUCUACUACUUAAUUAUUUCCUUCCUAGCCGUCUUCUGCAUACCCUUCUUUGCAGUUUUUAAUCCUUGCGACACCAUUAACUGCUAUCGAUCGUCAAAGGUGCUUCGUUUGGUGUCUCACAUAGUUGGAAUUCAAUGGGAAGUUCGUGGCAUUGACAAUCUUAGCCGCCAAAGGGCAUGCGUGGCCGUUGCAAAUCAUCAAAACUCAUUUGACGUCUUGGGCAUGUUCUGGAUAUGGGAAUGGAUGAAAAAAUGCUCAGCCGUGGCAAAAAAGGAAAUUUUCUACGCAUGGCCGUUCGGUCUGGCCCUUUGGCUCUCGGGGACGACUUUCAUCGACCGACUAAACUCAAAACAGGCAAAGGAGCAACUUAAAAAUGCUUCAAGAAAAAUGGCCGAGGAGGGUGUGAAGCUUUGGUUUUUUCCGGAAGGAACGCGAAAUAAAAAUCGCAGACUGGCGCCCUUUAAGAAAGGCGCCUUUCACGUUGCGAUAGCGUGCCAGGCGCCUAUCAUGCCCGUCGUCUACUCACCCUACUACUUCAUCAACCACCACAAUGGCUUUUUCGGAUCCGGAAAAGUCAUUAUCACAGCUUUGUCAUAUAUUGAGACUAAAGGACUGACACUAGAUGACAUUGAUGAGCUGCAGACCAAGGUCUGGAAUCAAAUGAAUGAGGUUUAUAACAAUUUGUCAAAAGAGUUGAAGAUCUCUUUGCCAACAAAUCACCCUGGCCUGGUUGGAUUUGAAUAGCAUUUUAAAAUUUACAUAAUUUAGUGUUAUGGAUAAAAUAUAGGAUUGCGAUAAAUUGGAUAUAAUUAAGAUUUAAUCAACGCUAAUUAUAAAUAAUUAAAAAAAAUUGGAUGUAAGUAUAAUAAUAAGGAGUUUUAUCUCCAACUUCAUUCUACAGUAUCGCUAUUGGUAUUUAUUUUGACUUGAAACUUACAUUCUAAAAUUCAUAAAUAUAAAAAAAAAACGCGUAACUAAAAUUAUGAUGAUGGUUGCAAUAAACAUGAUAAUUAUACGAACAUGC